AAAACAACUCCAGUUGAUAUUUCUUUCUUCUUCUUUUUUUUUUUGGAAUUCUUUAAAAUAUAUAUACAUAUAUUCAUAUAAAUAUACAAAUAUGACAGGUGAUAAUAAAAACAAGCUUUUACCUAAUUCCGGUAUUGAAGAAACUAAUGUUGAUCCUAAUCACGAUCCUGCCACCGCUAUUUUACGUCGCAAGGCUGCACCUAAUAAAUUGAUGGUUGAUGACGCUACUAAUGAUGAUAAUUCUGUCAUUACACUUUCAACUGCUACUAUGGAACGUUUGCAACUUUUCAGAGGUGAUACUGUCAUCGUAAAAGGAAAGAAGAGAAGAGACACCGUUCUUAUUGUUUUAGCUGAUGAUGAUAUGGAAGAUAACAAAGCUAAGAUCAAUAAAGUCGUUCGUAAUAAUUUGCGUGUUCGUCUUGGUGAUGUUCUUACCUUACAUCCUUGUCCUGAUAUCAAGUAUGGUAAACGUAUUCACGUUUUACCAAUUGAUGAUACAGUGGAAGGUUUAACUGGUAAUCUUUUCGAAACUUUCUUAAAACCUUAUUUCUUGGAAGCAUAUCGACCUGUUCGCAAGGGCGAUACUUUCCUUGUUCGUGGCGGUAUGAGAGCUGUUGAGUUUAAGGUGGUUGAGACUGAUCCUGAACCAUAUUGUAUUGUUGCACAAGACACUGUCAUUCAUUGCGAAGGUGAUCCUAUUAAACGUGAGGAUGAGGAGCAAAGUUUGAAUGAGGUUGGUUAUGAUGAUAUUGGUGGUUGUCGUAAACAAAUGGCUCAAAUUCGUGAAUUAGUUGAAUUACCUCUUCGUCAUCCCCAAUUGUUCAAGUCAAUUGGUAUUAAACCUCCUCGUGGUAUUCUUAUGUUUGGUCCACCCGGUACUGGUAAGACAUUGAUUGCUCGUGCUGUUGCUAAUGAAACUGGUGCUUUCUUCUUUUUGAUUAAUGGUCCUGAGAUCAUGUCUAAGAUGGCUGGUGAAUCUGAAAGCAAUCUUCGUAAGGCAUUUGAGGAAGCUGAAAAGAAUGCCCCUGCUAUUAUCUUUAUUGAUGAAAUUGAUGCUAUUGCACCUAAGCGUGAAAAGACAAAUGGUGAAGUUGAACGCCGUGUUGUCUCUCAACUACUUACCCUAAUGGAUGGUAUGAAAGCCCGUUCAAAUGUUGUUGUUAUUGCUGCUACCAACAGACCUAACUCUAUUGAUCCUGCACUUCGACGUUUCGGUCGUUUUGAUCGUGAAGUUGAUAUUGGUAUUCCUGACCCAACUGGUCGUCUUGAAAUUCUUCGAAUUCAUACCAAGAACAUGAAGUUGGAUGAUGAUGUUGAUUUAGAACAAAUUGCUUCUGAAACUCAUGGUUAUGUUGGUGCUGAUGUUGCCUCUCUUUGCUCUGAAGCUGCUAUGCAACAAAUUCGUGAAAAGAUGGAUCUUAUUGACUUGGAAGAAGAAACAAUUGACACUGAAGUUUUAGAUUCUUUGGCUGUGACUAUGGAUAACUUCCGUUAUGCUUUGGGUGUUUCUAAUCCUUCUGCUCUUCGUGAAACUGUUGUUGAAGUACCUACUACUAAAUGGAGUGAUAUUGGUGGUCUUGAAAAUGUCAAGCAAGAAUUACAAGAAACUGUUCAAUAUCCUGUUGAACAUCCUGAGAAAUUCUUGAAAUUUGGCAUGAGUCCUUCUAAAGGUGUCUUGUUCUACGGUCCUCCUGGUACUGGUAAGACUUUGCUAGCAAAGGCUAUUGCUAAUGAAUGUCAAGCCAAUUUUAUUUCUAUUAAGGGCCCUGAACUCUUGACUAUGUGGUUUGGUGAAUCUGAAGCCAAUGUUCGAGAUGUCUUUGAUAAGGCCCGUGCUGCUGCUCCUUGUGUUAUGUUCUUUGAUGAAUUAGAUUCUAUCGCCAAGGCUCGUGGUAGUAGUGCAGGUGAUGCUGGAGGAGCUGGUGAUCGUGUACUUAACCAAAUUUUGACUGAAAUGGAUGGUAUGAAUGCAAAGAAGAAUGUUUUCGUCAUUGGUGCUACUAACAGACCUGAUCAAAUUGAUCCUGCCUUGUUACGUCCCGGUCGUCUUGAUCAACUUAUCUACAUUCCUCUUCCUGAUGAGAAUUCUCGUGUUUCUAUUUUGGAAGCACAAUUACGUAAAUCCCCCAUUGCUCCUGAUGUUGAUUUGAGAGUUCUUGCUAAACAUACUCAAGGCUUCUCUGGUGCUGAUCUUGCUGAAAUCUGUCAACGCGCUGCUAAACUUGCUAUUCGUGAAGAUAUUGAAAGAGAUAUUGCUAGAGAAAGAGAGCGUAAGGCUAAGGAAGAAGCUGGUGAAGAUGUUGGUAUGGAAGAAGAUGAUGAAAGUGAAAGUGUUGCUUAUAUUACCCGUGCUCACUUUGAAGAAGCUAUGCGUUUUGCUCGUCGUUCAGUUAGUGAUAGUGAUAUUCGUCGUUAUGAAGUCUUUGCUCAAAACCUUCAACAACAACGUGGCUUUGGCUCCUUCAAAUUCCCCGAUAGUUCAUCAUCUAAUACUGGUGCUCAGGCUAUGGAUGGUGUCAGCGGAGAAAGUGGUUUUGGUCAAGAAGGUGGCGAUGAUGAUUUGUACGCAUAAAAUUAAUUUAAAAAGGAUAUUUUUGUUUUAAUUUUCGCUAUUGUUAUAUUUGUUUUUUUUUUCUCAUCAUAAAAUUGCGAAGUUUGAACAAUAACGUAUAUAAAUAAAUAAUAAUAAAAAAGAAGAUGAUACAAUACCAUA